GAGGAGAACUUGGAGAAAGAAGGAAGACGGCGGGUUUUAGGGCUAUGAGUACUUUUGAGGAAGGUCUCCGCAGAAGAUUCGCGAGAGGAGUCGAGGUGGCGGGACCAGCCGCCCAGCUGACGGUGGGAGGAGCCCCGCGCUGUGCCGCGCUUGGCGCUUGCCCCGGGUUGGCUGCGCGCGCGGCGAGAGUAGAGGCGUCCUGCGCACCAGGAAGUGACUCUUUCCCCGCCGCCGCAAGCCAUGCCAUCCGCUGGCCUUUUACUUUGCCGCCUCAGGUUUGUAAGAGGAUUUAUUGGUUGCGAAGGAAGGUUGGAGAUGAUGAGGCAUGAAGAAAUCAAGUGAUUUCUUUGAAUCAGAGCCUAAGGAAAGGCAAUGGCACAUGUUGGGCACAGGCUGUCUUAAGCACAGUCCUGAACAUGUCAUAUGUAUGAACUCCUUUAAUUCUCACCAAAACUGUGAAAGGUGGAUUUCAGUGUGUUCUUUGAAUGGCAGUCCUUAAAAGAAGAGUCCCAAUGCACAGCCUCAGAUACUUCCUCUCCAUGGUGGGUCUCUUCUCCAAACCAGGACUGCUUCCCUGGUAUGCCAGAAAUCCACCAGGAUGGUCAAAGCUGUUUCUGGGCACAGUAUGUAAGGGAGAUUUUACCCAUGUGAUAGCCACGAAGUAUCGGAAAGGACAAAAAAGUCUGAAGAAAUCAAGCCAUCUUGGACCACUAGAUGGUUCCUGGCAGGAAAGGUAAGGGCCAGACUGAUGUCCUCUCUAUAGACUUUCUUAUAUACCAUACCUUCCAAGCAAACCUCAUUUGUCCUCAUCCAGAGAACAUUCCUGCUUUCCCUUUAUUGUUAUCCUCCUUGGUUUCAUUUGACCUCUUGUCCCCCUCCUGUCCUUCUGCCCUCUCCAGCCUGUCAUCAAUGGUUACCGAAAUAAGUCCACCUUCUCUGUGAACCGAGGUCCAGAUGGCAAUCCAAAGACUGUGGGGUACUACCUGGGUACUUGGAGAGAUGGGAACAUUGUCUGCGUGCAGUCUAAUCAUCUGAAAAACAUCCCUGAGAAACACAGUCAAGUGGCACAGUUUUAUGAAGUAUUCCUUCGACAGUCUCCAAUGGAGCCCUGCCUUGUAUUUCAUGAAGGUGGAUACUGGCGUGAGCUCAUAGUCCGCACCAAUAGCCAAGGGCACACAAUGGCGAUCAUCACUUUCCAUCCCCAGGAAUUAAGUCAGGAGGAGCUCCAUGAUCAGAAGGAGAUUGUAAAGGAAUUUUUCAUCAAAGGUCCUGGAGCAGCCUGUGACUUGACCUCACUUUACUUUCAGGAAAGUACCAUGACCCGUUGCAGCCAUCAGCAGUCCCCCUUUGAGCUUCUGUUUGGGGAACCCUACAUCUUUGAAGAACUUCUCAGCUUGAAGAUUCGCAUUUCUCCAGAUGCCUUUUUCCAGAUUAACACUGCUGGUGCAGAGAUGCUGUAUCGGACUGUGGGGGAGCUGGCUGGAGUGAACUCUGACACCAUCCUUCUUGACAUCUGCUGUGGAACUGGUGUGAUUGGCCUCUCUCUGGCUCAGCAUACAUCUCAGGUCCUCGGGAUUGAAUUGGUGGAGCAGGCAGUGGAGGAUGCAAGGUGGACUGCAGCUUUCAAUGGCAUCACCAACUCUGAAUUUCACACUGGUCGAGCAGAGAAGAUUUUGCCAGGGCUUCUAAAGUCAAAGGAAGAUGGACAGUCAAUUGUUGCUGUGGUGAACCCAGCCCGUGCCGGACUGCAUUACAAGGUGGUUCAAGCCAUUCGAAACUGCAGGGCCAUCCGCAGGCUAGUUUUUGUUUCCUGCAAGCUCCACGGUGAAACCACGAGGAAUGUCAUUGAGCUGUGCUGUCCUCCAAACCCUGCUAAGAAGCUCUUAGGUGAGCCCUUUGUCCUGCAGCAAGCUGUACCUGUGGAUUUGUUCCCCCACACCCCACACUGUGAGCUGGUGCUCCUCUUCACUCGAUGAGCAGCCUCCUAAAAGACUGCAGGCUAUUUGUUUAGGCUGAAGUUUCAGAAACUUUUAGGUUUGGCAUAUUGCUACAUUACAGACCCUGGGAGCAUUACAGUGGAAACCAAUCUUUGGUUUGUGAAUAGGAAGAAUGUAAUAGGCCUCUGGUCUGAGGUAGAUUUUUUUUUUUGAGAUGGAGUCUUGCUCUUGCCCAGGCUGGAGUGCAAUGGCAUGAUCUUGGCUCACUGCAACCUCUACCUCCUGGAUUCAAGCAAUUCUCAUGCCUCAGCUUCCCCAGUAGCUAGAAUUACAAGCAUGUGCCACCAUGCCCAGCUAAUUUUUGUAUUUUUAGAAGAGACGGGGUUUCACCAUGCUGGCCAGGCUGGUUCCAAACUCCUGACCUCAAGUAAUCCACCUGCCUUGACCUCCAAAAGUGCUGGGAUUACAGGCGUGAGCCACUGCACCCAGCUGAGGCAGACUUAACCUUAGUUUUCAGAUUCCCUUUCUAUCAUGCCUGUUUGCUUGGGUUUGACCACUCUCAAUUCCUGGAUCUGGACUGUUUCUUCCUAUUGCUGUCAGCCUUGGCUCUAGUUUAUAGUCUUGUGUCCUCCAUCUGAUUCUGCUUAUGGUGUGGUAACAAAUGAGCUUUUUUUAGCAGCUGGUAAUAAUUUUACAUUGGGGUCUGUGUAUUUGCUCAGAGAUGCUACUAUUUUUAGCUAUUUCUAAGACUUCUGGAUUCAUAAGAUAGUCAAGGAUUAAAACCAAAAACAGUCGAGGUUUUUAAAAAGCAGAGUAAGCCAUGAAGUGAAUACAGGAUGACUGAGUGAUCAUAUGAGAUUAAUUCCUUUGGAUUUUCUUGGCUUUAAGGCCUCUCGAAUGCUCCUUGAAAAUGUAGUUAUCCCUGGUGUUGGGCACCUGUAAUCCCAGCUACUCAGGAAGCUGAGGCUGGAGAAUUGCUUGAACCUGGGAGGCAGAGGUUACAGUGAGCUGAAAUCGUGUCACUGCACUCCAGCCUGGGUGACAGAGCGAGACUCCAUCUCAAAAAAAAAAAGAAAAUGUCAUUAUCCCUAGGAGCAAUAGCACCAAUUAACUCACUCAUGGAGGAAGAAUUGGUUAUUGGAGAGACCCUAAGGGAAAGGAGCUUUUCAAAGAGACUCAAUACCUAUAAUUGUGCUGUGUAGUGUGGAGGCAGAAAGCUCCAAAAUCUAAUAUGUAGCAUAAUAAAGUGGAUAUUGAAAACUGACU